AACAGGAAGAGCAGUGAAUUAUUUUCCCCUUGUUCUGCUGACGGAUGUUGUAAAUACUAAGUGUCUCCGGCUCAACUUGGGUCAAAGCUCGACUUUUAAAGACAAGAAUACGGUCCCCAUGGCGUCCACCGUGCCAAUUAAGAUUGGAAUAAUUGGCGGUUCAGGCCUCGACGAUCCCGAUAUCUUGGAGGGAAGAACCGAGCGUUACGUGGACACGCCGUACGGAAAGCCAUCAGAUGCCCUUAUACUGGGGAAGAUAAAAAAUGUGGAAUGUGUGCUGCUCGCAAGACAUGGGAGGCAGCACACCAUUAUGCCAUCCAACGUGAACUACCAGGCCAACAUCUGGGCACUGAGAGAAGAGGGCUGUACACAUCUGCUGGUCACCACGGCCUGCGGCUCACUGCGGGAGGAGAUUCAGCCGGGAGACAUCGUCAUCAUAGAUCAGUUCAUUGACAGGACUACCAAGAGAUCUCAAACGCUGUACGAUGGGCAGCCCACCAGCCCCCCCGGUGUGAGUCACAUCCCCAUGGCUGAGCCUUUCUGCAACAGAACCAGAGAGGUUUUGGCGGAGGUGGCUCGGACUCUGGGGGUCAAGUGUCACGCGCGAGGGACCAUGCUGACCAUCGAGGGGCCUCGCUUUUCCUCGCGGGCAGAGAGCCUGAUGUUCCGCCAGUGGGGCGCCGACGUCAUCAACAUGACCACCGUGCCAGAGGUGGUCCUCGCCAAGGAGGCCGGCCUGUGCUAUGCCAGCAUCGCCAUGGCAACAGACUACGACUGUUGGAAGGAGCACGAGGAGGCGGUCUGCGUUGACAAUGUGCUGAAGACGAUGAAGGAGAACGCAAACAAAGCCAGCAGCAUCCUGCUGACUGCCAUACCCCAGAUUAGUCAGAUGGACUGGUCCCAGACAAUGAAGACCUUGAAAGCAAUGGGUCAGUCUUCAGUCAUGUUACCAAAACACUGAACGUGCAGGAAAGAGAGACAUUCCACACACACCAACUCCCACCCAGACAACGGACUCCGCUAUGUCUGUGGAUUCGUCAUCAGUGACUCACAAUAAAGUGCCUCACAUAAAUUAUGGACUUGGUGUGUAUUCAGCUGCAAUUUCAAAACACACAUAUAACCCCCUCUUUGUACUUCAAGGGCCACCCUCUGGAAACACGUUGCUUUCAUCUCGAAAAAAUCUCAAAAGAUCCACCAAGGAAUUCAUUCUUAAGAUUACAUUGGGUAAUCUGUGGAUUUUGAUUUUUUAAGGCAUUCAUUAAACACUUAGUGCUUACUAUAAAUAAAAUGCUUUUCAAGUUUAUCACAUCAGCGCUGUAUUAGUAACGUUCCCUUACUUUACAAGAUGAGCCUGUAGGAUUGGUAGAAAAGCAUUUUAUAUGUCUGCACGCGCUUUGUUGGGAAACAAUACUGGAAACGUUUUCUUCUUUUCAGCGUAUUUGGAACCAAUUAUUUAUUUUUUUUUUUUUUUUUUUUUUUUUCAUUUUGAUAUGACUUCCGUUUUUAUUUGCUUUUCAUAAAUGUUACAUCUUCCAUUAAUCAAAACCGUUAUCAUUCACAUUCAUAUAUUUAUUUCAUAUACUGAACUGACUGCAUUUACAAUAACAUACCGAUCUAAGAAGGAUUACAUUAGGAUGUUUCAACCAUUACACAGUAUAAUUUUGUGCAAUGUACCAUGUGCUAUUACAGCCUUAAUACAUCAUCUUAACCUCCUGAGACCCUGCGUCCGCAUAUGGGGACAUUAAGUUUUAGGUUUGUUGCAGCUUAUUCUGCUUCAUUUAGACUUUUAUCCUCAUUACUAGAUGCUAGUUGGUGUAAAAACAUGAUGGGGGCAUUUCAGUGGGUUCAUUCUGCAACCGAUCAUGUAACAAAAGUGGACAAGGGUCCAAACCUCAUCAGAUUUUACAGUAGACACAUGUUUAUUUAUGGUUAUUAACUUUUCUAGUUUAAUAUGACAUGCAACUGUAACAAAUUUGAUCAAUAGUAACGAGCUGUAAUGUUGCUUAUUAGUUGCACGACGUUCAGACAUGAGAAUUAACAGAUGUAUUGGUGACUAAUAUAAUAUUGAGUGAAAUAUACACACACGAGGACGUUUUUUUUUUUCCAAAACCUACUUCCCGUUCAAACGUGAUGGUUAGUGUUUUUAUACUUCCCAAAUAAAGAGAAAUGGAGAAUGUAAAAAUGCAUACCAAACAAAAGCUCUGGUCUCAGGAGGUUAAGUGCAUUUUUCUUGACGUUAACUUCCUCUGCUUCUGUGUAUUUUUCAAUUCUUCUACACAGGAUUAAUAAAGUUACACGUUGUCUAAAUAAAAACUAAGAGAUUUUGA